CAGGCUGUCCGGGAAGGAGGGGUCUUAAGGGGCGGCGAGCCCAGGUCAGAUUUCCUUCUAGGCAGGCGAUCGGCAAACCUCCCACCUUAGAGCUUGCUGUAGCCACCCUGCCCCGCGCCCUCCGGAGACCGGGAAGGGGCCAUGAUGUGGACACGCUGGCUCGCGCUCGCGCUGGUGGCGGUCGCCUGGGUCCACGCCGAGGAAGAACUAAGGAGCAAAUCCAAGAUCUGUGCCAAUGUGUUUUGUGGAGCCGGCCGGGAAUGUGCAGUCACAGAGAAGGGAGAGCCCACCUGCCUCUGCAUCGAGCAAUGCAAACCUCACAAGAGGCCGGUGUGCGGCAGCAAUGGCAAGACCUACCUCAACCACUGUGAGCUGCAUCGAGAUGCCUGCCUCACUGGAUCCAAAAUCCAGGUCGAUUACGAUGGGCACUGCAAAGAGAAGAAAUCUGUAAGUCCAUCUGCCAGCCCAGUCGUUUGCUAUCAGUCCAACCGUGACGAGCUCCGGCGUCGCAUCAUCCAGUGGCUAGAAGCGGAGAUCAUUCCAGAUGGCUGGUUCUCCAAAGGCAGCAACUACAGUGAAAUUCUAGACAAGUACUUUAAGAACUUUGAUAAUGGUGACUCUCGCUUGGACUCCAGCGAAUUCCUGAAAUUUGUGGAGCAGAAUGAAACCGCCAUCAACAUCACCACCUAUGCCGACCAGGAGAACAACAAGCUGCUUAGAGGACUCUGUGUCGAUGCUCUCAUUGAACUGUCUGAUGAAAAUGCUGACUGGAAACUCAGCUUCCAAGAGUUCCUCAAGUGCCUCAACCCAUCCUUCAACCCUCCGGAGAAGAAGUGUGCCCUGGAGGAUGAAACGUAUGCAGAUGGAGCUGAGACCGAGGUGGACUGUAAUCGCUGUGUCUGUGCCUGCGGAAACUGGGUCUGCACGGCCAUGACCUGUGACGGAAAGAAUCAAAAAGGGGCCCAGACCCAGAGAGAGGAGGAGAUGACCAGAUAUGUCCAGGAGCUCCAAAAGCACCAGGAAACAGCUGAAAAGUCCAAGAGAGUGAGCACCAAAGAGAUCUAAUGAGGAGACAUCUGGGAACGGUGUCCUCAGCCCGGCACCUUCUCUUCCAUUUCAGCACGGAGUCCAGUAUACUCAAGUGUCUGCUACAAUCGCCAAAUCACCAGUAUUUGCUUGUAUAGCAACGAGUCUUAUUUUGUCUAUUUGUUUUGCAAUAAAGGAAAUGGGGGUGGCUGGCUAGGACAGGAAGGGCCAUCGCCUUCAUUACUAGAGAACCUGUAAUUGGGGCUCGGGAGCUGGAGGCAAGUAAGGAAACUGCAUCAGUUGGGAGAGGAGCGAACCCAGAUCUGAGCCACUUCUGAGUCUAUCACAGCUGUAGACACUGCUCGCUGCAGGAAGUGCAGACAAUGCCAGCAUUGUCAGGCUGACCCAAGAGGAGGGGUUUGGGAAGCUCAGGGGGGAAAGAAUGCAUUCUGCUUCCUGCCCUUUCUGUUGCCAUCAGCAUAACAAACUCCAGGGUCAAUGCUUCUCCUCAUGGCUCCAACCACUGCCUGUAGAUACACAGCCAUCCCGCUAGUGACCCAGUGUCCCUCAGACUUGAUGGAGUUUCUGAGAGGGUGCCCCCAAAUGAUGCAGAUACUCGUGUACUUUCAGCCCCUUAGAGACCUGACCAAAUUUUAAACAUACUUUUUACCAAAGGUGCUAUUUUUCUGUAAAACUUCUUUUGGCGAGUUGACUUCAUUCUUCAGUUAUUAUCAUUAUAUUAUUGUUGUUUUUAAUAUUUUAUUUUCUUGACUAGAAAUUAAGCUUUUGUAAUUAUUUUUCAGUGGUCCUACCAUUUCAGAGGUGGGAGAGUUUGGGGUUCUUCCUGGUGCAAGGACCGCUAUAACCCAGACUCCCCCAUCCUGCCACAUACUAGCUGCAGCCCAGAGUUCGGCCCCCUGGCUUCCAGUGGGUCAGCAGUUUGCCCAAAGGAGCAGCGGGUGCCUCAGGCAGAAGGCAAGGAAGAGAAGUGUCUCCAUACAAAGCUUUCAAGAUCCAAAAAGCUAAUUUGUUUUCAUUUAUUCUGAUAAGUUCAUGCAAAUCAGUCUUUCAAAGGAUGGAGACAAGUGCAGCUAAGCGAGGUUUAGAUAUCCCAGCCUAUCAAUAUGCUCGUUGAUCCACCACUAACUAGGACAGUGACUUUGUCCCUCUCUCUUCCUAUUUCUGGGCCUCAGUUUCCUCAGUGAACAGGUAGGAAUGCAUUAACCUUUCGAUUUCAUAAAUUAUAAAUUCUGUGGUUAUGAUCACUGGUCCAGAGGAGACAUGUUCCUGUGAUUUCCUUCUUCUCCUUAGAAUAAAUGAAACUUUGUUGUUCUAGCAAGAGUCAGACAGCCAAAAACAAGAUGACCAAAUUUGACCUCGGUCUGAGUGGCCCCUCAGGUUGUGCUGUGAUGCAGAGCCCUCUCGGGUAGAGCCUGCCCAAGAAGAGAGUGGGAAGGAGAACCACUCCACUUUGUCUUCACUUUUGCGUUUCCUCUUUAACCUUCUGCGAAACAGAAAUGGCUUUCCCUUUAGAGAUGAGGAUCAAAGGAGGUUUAACAUUUUAACAGGUGGGGGGAAUGGAAAUUGAAUCUUAAAAUUGUGAUUGGGGAGAAGUCACUUAUUCCUGUGUCUUUUGGCCUCUGUAAUUGUUAACUCAGUGCCAUAUUUAAGAUGCAUUUGGAAUAACAUUAAAAACUCGACAUAAGAUCUCGUUUCCAGAAAGCAUAUUACGGACCACUGGAGGGAAAUUAUGUAGGUUGUACUGCACAGGCAAUUCUGAGAAAGUUGUGCUGAAAAUGGAAUUUCUUCUAAACAAGUUUCCUUGUUCUCCUUUGAAAGGAGAACAUUCCACUUUGUUUAGAAUUCUGAGAUUUUGUAUGUCAUCCCACUUAAAAGCUCUCUUCAAAUCCCAGUUGUGCAGUCUGAAAUGCACCGCUUUGUCCAAGUGCCUUGGAGAAGUCCCUUGAUCAAGUAUUGCCAGCCCUUGGACACUCUGGGAGAAAGGGCAAGAAUACCAGUUUAAAGCAAGAAGCCAGACAGUCUUCCUGUCCGUUACAUUUCGGACAGUGGUUGCCAUCCGAGAUUUACCCUGCUCUGCAACGCUGAAUUCCCAAGGGCAAAUCUGCAUUCCUCCUGUAAAUAGGGAAGCUAUUGUCUGCACCAUAGAAUCACAUGAUCUGAUGACCAUCCAUGGGAAGCUGCUAAAUAGCCUAGUUUGAGGAGUCUUGCAUAGAGCUUUGCAUAGAGCAAAUUAACAGGAUUAAAUUGGGUUCAGUUCCUCCAGCUUUCUAAAAGCACAGAGGUUAGAUUUCAAGCUUCCUUAGGCUUUCUCUGUGAGUAUACACUUUUAUAAACAUUAAUUACAGCCUCUGUUAAGAUCCAGUGUUCAUGGAAACCUCACAUGCUAUGACUCUGGAUUCUAUGACUGUUUUUGGAAAGCAGGGCUCCUCCACCUGCUAAUAUGCCCAUGUGAACCAGUCUGAAUGUCUUUCCUUUUCACUUAUGUUUUUAAAUAGUCAAAU